UUGGCGAACAAUCAUCAGAUGAGAGAUUAAGCGAGAAAACGGCUCCAAAAACAUCAACAACUCGGCGUGAAAUUAACAUGACAUAGGAUCUCAAAUACCGUCAUACAAUAUUUAUGUCUAAAAGCAAGGAUCCGCCAGGCUGUGAAAUUCCCAAGCAUUCACACGUUCUCGCCUCCCAGCUUGACGCGAAAUUACCUUGCAUGGAACCAAACAUCAGAUUAAUUGUGUUAUUUUCCUCUUAAUCGUACCGGCCGCACAAAAAGAGCCACUGCGAAUCGAGAUACAAUCCCAGCGCUUUAUAUAAGUUGGCUGAGAGUCUUCGACCACUCAUCGUGUUCUCGACUGCGUCCUGAGUGACUGAAUAUCGCUGCUCAAAACCUGCCCAGACUCACUACACCACUCGCCGAUCAUGACGCUAGAGGAUAGAGGAUAUUACUGGGAGCCCGAGAGGAAACGAGAGCAAACACUGUUAUCGUAGACUCUCUUAAUUCCAUUACUUGCCUCUACCCGUGGAUUUCGACCAGGAAUCGCAUGACAUAACAGGCAGGGAACACGCAUGCGCGUGGAGGACUUCCAGAUUUCACACGAGCACGUUGGUUUGUUUUCUGUGACACGAAUUUGACCACUGAGUCGCCAUUAGAGCGUCACGAUCCCUUGAACGAUGAAGUUCCGGACAUUUGGAUUUACCUGGUGUGUGAUAUUUCUUCUUCGAGCAUGUAUUGCGACAGAAAAUAUGGAAAUACAUAUCGGUCUCUUGCUUGACGAGAAAACCAUCGAUUUAGCGACUAUAGUUGAGAAGGCUAUACAGAGAUAUAACAAUAGAAGUGAUUCUCGUAUACUUCUAAAAAGCCAUACCCUGGCUGUGAACGUUAAAGACAGUUUCAACUUCACCAAAGCCGUGUGUAGUGUGCUAGGCGACGGAGCUGUGGCGCUGUUGGGAGUUUCAAGUCGAGCAGUUCAUCACACUAUACAAGAUUACGCUGCCAAUCUCCGUGCACCGUUCAUCGUGCUCAAUAACCCAGCAGAUGUCAAAUCCAAGCAUCACUCCAAAUAUCAAAUAUAUAUACAACCAACUGCCAUACGUGCCAUGGUCGACGUCAUCAAAACCUACGACUGGGAAGAAGUCAUCUAUAUUUAUGAAGUUGACGAAGCUUUAGCUCACAUAGAGCAAUUACACGAAUUUGGGCACAUGGCUAAACACGUCGUCAACAUUGACGUCCGUCACGUGAAAAGUGUGGACGAUUGCUACAAACUUCUUGCCGACAUGCACCGUAUAAACAUCGGCCGGACCAUCAGAGUUGUCCUCGACCUUUUACCUUUCAAAUCAACUCGAAUAAUUAAUAGGAUUAUGGACACACAGGACAUUUUGAAAAUGAUGUUUCAUUUUAUAGUUCCUCAUUUAGAAUUAAAGGAACUAAAUCUGACGAUGUUCAAGAUUGGUGGAGUAAAUAUAACCGGAUUUGAGCUCAACAGAGAUAUUGAAAUCAGGCAUACGCCGGCCCGGGAAGCGUAUGCUAUAGACGCCGUGACGCUGCUGACGUUGUCGUUGAAAGAUUUACUGAAGCCGCAAAAUGGAAUAAUGAACACUUUCGGAAACAUGAAUAUGAGAAAGGGGGAUGAAAAACACGUCGACUGUAUGCAAAGACAUAUAUGGUCGUAUGGCGAAAAGCUUACGACACAGCUGUAUGAGCAACGUUUCCGUGGCAACAGCGGCAAUGUUGCGUUUGGAUCGAAUGGUCAAAGAAAGGGGUAUCAGAUCCAGGUGCUGGAGGUGUCAAUGUACAGAGGGAAAGCUAACGCAGGAAUGUGGAAUGAGAGCGGAUUCCACGCUCAGACCCCCACUCUUAUGAUUGACAAGGCGAACAAGUCUAUUGACAACAUCACACAAGUUGUCGUCACGAUCAAAGAUCCACCGUAUUUGAUGUUCAAGCGUGGCCCAGAACAAGGAAUCCCCAUGAUCACCAUUGAAAGGUUUGAAGGCUUUUGUGUGGACCUGGCAGAGAUGGUAGCCCGUAACCUUGGCUACGACUACUUCCUCAGACUUGUGAAAGAUGGGAAUUACGGCUCCAAGAACGAUUCCGGUAUAUGGAAUGGCAUCAUCGGAGAGUUGAUACGACACGAAGCGGACAUAGCCAUAGCCCCGUUAACAAUAACAUCAGAGAGGGAGAAGGUUCUGGACUUUACCAAGCCGUAUAUGAGCCUGGGUAUCAGCAUCAUGAUCAAGAAGCCUGAGAACAAGCCUCCACACGUCUUCUCAUUCAUGGAACCUCUCUCUCAAGAGAUCUGGUUGUGCACUGCAUUUGCCUUCAUCGGAGUCAGCGUGGUCCUCUUCCUCGUCAGCAGGUUCAGCACGGUUGAGUGGCAAGUCGACGGUGACGACCACAAGCUCACCAACGACUUCACCAUUGGCAACAGUCUUUGGUUCUCCCUUGGGGCAUUCAUGCAGCAAGGAUGUGAUGUAUUACCCAAGUCAGUCUCGGGACGAAUGGUGACCAGCGUGUGGUGGUUUUUCACACUCAUCGUUAUCUCCUCCUACACUGCCAACCUGGCUGCAUACCUCACAGCAAUGAGGAUGAGCACGCCAAUCUCUUCCGCCGAGGACCUCGCUAAACAGACGGAGAUCAAGUACGGCACGACAAAAUCCGGGAGCACGUGGUCUUUCUUCAAUGGAUCCACAGUCUCCUUGUACCAGCGGAUGUGGUCUUUCAUGACCUCCCAACCGGAUGUGUUUGUCAGCCAAAAUAGCGAGGGAAUAGCAAAAGUACGGCAGGAGAAUGGCAAGUACGCCUUUCUCAUUGAAUCCACUACUAACGACUACCACAACCAAAGGGAACCAUGUGACACCAUGCAAGUCGGCACCAACCUCGACUCUAAGGGAUAUGGCAUUGCAACACCGAUGGGUUCAGAUAUUAGGGAUGUCUUAACACUGGCGAUCCUGGAACUGCGUGAACAGAGUAAACUUGACGAAAUCAAGAAACACUGGUGGUAUGCGAGAAGUGAGUGCCCAUCCGAGAAGGCGUCGCCUGUGAGUAAGGAUAGUAAAGACAACGCCUUGACACUGACCAAAGUGGCUGGGAUCUUCUACAUACUAAUCGUCGGUUUGGGUAUGUCUGUACUAUCGGCCAUAUUCGAAUUCUUAUACAAGACAAAGGUGGAUUCAAAAAAGCAGAACGUUUCAUUUGGAUCGGAGGCUCGUUCCAAGUUUCGACUGUCAAUCAGCGGUCAUUCGGACGACGAAUCUGUUGGUGUGAGGACCCCACUGAGAUCCACCGGCGGGACGUUUACAUAUACAGGACCGGAUAACGUUAGAAAGACACAAACUAUAGUGUGAGAACAAAUUGCUCGGAUAAAAAGAGAUGCAGCUGGAACCCGCAAAAAGGAAUCUGUUUAAAAAUACCAUGACAACGGCCGAUUCCUUCACACAAGACUCCAUCCCGGUUUGAAGUCUUGACGCUGAUGCAACCAUUGGACUGAAUACCAAAUGACCACAGUACACAUUGUGAUAUCAGUAAUUACAUGCUUCAUUUUAAGAUAUAGAUGACGUUAUUCUAUUCAGGAAAGCACGUGAGUAAAUGUUUUAUUGUUUGAAUCUUGAAUUUUAUUGUAAAAUACCAUUUCAGUGUGUUUGAAAACAUGUGAUGGUAUCAUUUAGAUGGAAGCUGUGUCAGUGUUCCAUGAGUUAAACAGAAAAUGUUAAAUGUACCGGUAUAUUUAGGAAUUGAUUCCACUUUAAUUCAUUUAUGUGUGCAUUUUGUAGUUUUAGUGUUGUACAUGGUAUCCAUAUGCAAACUCUAGCUCUAAUUAGAGACAUACUGGUAGCUAUGCGGUAAGAUUCCCUUAACUCUUGUAAAUAGCAACAAACUAUUGUUGACAUAUCUUUUACACACAUUCAUUGUUACUUUCCAAGCUGUUUGUGCACUUCUAGCGAUAGUUAAAAGUUGUUGAAUAGGUUUUUUCAAACUGUUACAAUUAUUGAUUUGUGUCAAAAGCACAGCUGAUACCUUAGGAAAUGUCGUAUUUUCUCAUUGUUAGAACAUGUUCAGGAUGUCAUAAAUCAUGCUUUUGUUAACAUUCCUUCGGUAGUUAUAUGACCACGUUUGUCCAUUGCCCUAUGAAGUGUCUGCAAGCUUAUAGCUAAUUAGUUUUAGAUCCUAUAGUAUUCCUUUGUCAAUCCGUAUACGUUACUAUGAUGUUGGCAACUGCGAGUGAAGACAAUUAAACCUUGGAGCCAGAAUAACUGACAAGCAAUGUUAUAUACGAGUAUCUUGUUGAAUGACGAUAUGUGUACUUUAAUGACAUGUUAAAUGCUCUCGUUUAAGCUUAGUUGUGUAUAUAUGUGUAUAUAGUAUGACAUUCUGAAUGCACAAGCAUGAUAUUCCUAUUUUUAUACUUUUCCGUGUAAUAUUUGAAUGCAUGACUCCAUAAAACGCCUCACUAUUCCCACGAGGGGUUCAUGUGUACAGCUGUUCCUCACACACAUUUUCUAAUAAAAUCACUCUUUUGUA